AUGGUUUCAGAGGAUCUUAAUGCAAUCUCUGCCGACUGGCUCAAAAGCCUAGAGCUAGCGUCGUCUACCGGGGAUGCUAUAUCAUUUGCGAGCCAUUUCCUUUCGGACGGGUGGUUCAGAGAUCUUCUAUGUUUUUCUUGGAAUUUCAGGACGUUAUCAGGACGGGAAAAAAUACGCGAAUUUAUCUCGGAGGUGGUCGAUGGAAAGUCGCGACUUGCGUAUUCUGGUCUUCAUGACUUCAAGAUAGAUGAUCACACCGUCAAUACGCCUUCAUCAUUCAAAUUUCCAGGUCCGCAAGGCAUUGAAGGAAUACAAGGUGCUUUCACCUUUAGCAUCACGAAACCAGCUGCACUCGGGCGAGGUUUCUUCCGUCUGACGCAAGAUGUCGACGGAAAGUGGAAGGCUUUUACUCUUUUCACAAAUAUGCAGGACCUCGUCGGGUACGAGGAAUCUUCCACAGAUCAACACGGGCUAUAUGAGGGUCGAAAAAUGACCUGGGAUGAGGGUGUCGACGCAAAUUUCCGUGCUAUAGAGGCGGACCCCACUGUUGUAAUCGUUGGUGGUGGACAAACCGGCCUUAUGAAUGCAGCGCGGCUGCGUAGGCUAGGCAUUCGUGCGCUCGUGAUCGAGAAAAACGCGAGCGUCGGAGACUCCUGGCGAAAACGGUACCCGAACCUUAAGCUGCAUACUCCCGCAUAUCAAAGCUCCAUGCUUUACAGCCCCUAUCCGACAAACUUCCCCAAGUACAUUCCUAAGGGAAAACUUGCCAAUUUCUUGGAUUCAUACGCUGUGAAUCAGGAAUUGUGUAUAUGGCUCUCGAGUACCGUAGCCUCGGCUCCAGUGUACGAUUCAUCAUCCGCAAGAUGGACUGUCGAAGUACAGCGUGGAGACCAGAAAGUUGUCCUCCACCCAAAGCACCUGGUACUUGCGACAGGAAACGGGAGCCCUCGCAUUCCUACUUGGGAUGGAAUGAAUGAAUUCCAAGGGGCCUUGUAUCAUUCCGACUUCCAGCCAGAUGCAGAGCAGUUCCGAGGCAAACGCGCUGUCGUUGUGGGUGCGGGCAACGCUAGUGGUGAUAUAUGCCAAGAUUUUGUCGCGCAUGAUGCCGCCGAGGUAACCAUGGUCCAAAGAAGCGCUACAUACGUCGUGUCCGCUGGUGCCGCAGAACAAACUCACUUCAAGUUGCCUUUCCCUGACGGCAGCCCUGUCGAGGAGCUGGAUUUCCGCAACAAUUCAAUGCCUCUAGCCUUUCUCCUGCAGCUGACAAAAACACGUGGGCUACAAGACGUGAAGAUGUUCGACAAGGAACUCCACGAAGGUUUGCGCAAGGCUGGAUUCAACUUAACUUGGGAACUUUCACCCGGUAGUGGCGAGGUCGGGCUGGAAGCAUUUUUGUUAUGCCGCCAGGCGGCAGGAACUAUGAUUGACAUCGGCUGUGGUAAACUAAUUAUCGAAGGCAAAGUCAAGGUCAAGCAAGGCCAAGACAUCAGUCACUUCGACAAAGACGGGAUCGUGUUUAAAGACGGCUCCAAGCUUUCAGCAGAUGUUAUCGUCCUUGCUACAGGAAAUCAACCCGUCAUGAAUAACGCGAGAGCUCUUCUUGGCAACGAAAUUGCCGAUCAACUUCCAUCUAAGGUGUGGGGCCUUGACUCGGAGGGAGAACUUAAUCAGGCAUUUCGACCCUCUGGACAUCCGGGACUUUGGUUUGCUUCCGGUCCAUUUCCAUUCGGGCGUUUCCUUAGUAAACAUCUGGGUCUUCAAAUCUUGGCACGAGAGCUCGGGAUAGCAUGA